GUGGUGUUACAGCUCCUGAACGCGUGCAUUUACUGGGUGCCUACUGUCUCAAGAAGACGCAGCAUGUUCUCGUUGCUUUUGACGAUGUAGUCAAGUUUAUCAAAGCACCUGUUGUGCUGGAUCUGCAUCAGCGAGCUAUCAAUGGCCAAUGGCAUCCUUUUGAUUUUUCAGACCAGGGUUCUAUUUGGCUCUUUGUUCCUACAGAAACCGAUCAACAACCUUCCGUUAUACAUAGCAUGGCGGGAAGUGUUCUAUCGAGCGAUGGAUCAAAAAUUGCGACAGAUACAGAAUGGUCGACAGAGAUAAUAUCGCUGAAGGAGGCACCAGAUUGGACGGUUGAUCGAUGCAAACAAUGUCAACGGCACAAGUGGCAACCUGCAGUGGUUUUUGUUGAUCCGAUUGCUUUGAAUCAAAAGACGUGGUUUGAUCUGGACCGUGUGGCUCUCCUUAAAGAUGAAAUCAACGCAGUCCGUGAACUGAUAGAACUGGAACCUAACAGUCGAUACAUUGGCUCAUUUCCUGCAGCAAUUAAAGCUAUAUAUGGAUGAUGCGGAGAGUUCAGAAGCUUUGGAUACUGAAACGAUAGCAAUUUUUGAAAAACUCAU